UACUGUGAAUAUUCUUCUGUGCGUGAAAAAAUGAAAGCUUGUGUAUUCAGGUACAGAGUGUGUUCUGGGAAUAAUCCACUUUUCCUGUGUGGUGUGUGUCUGUAAGAAGAGUCACGGUUUGUUUGAAUCUCUCAGGACAGGAGGUUGUGCUGGGUUAGGCAGAAUUUUAUGCAUCACUGCAGUAGUCAGAGGUUAGUGUUUGAGCACUUUACAUAGAUCUGUGUCGCAGAAUUUCGUGUCGUAAUUACAAUCACUCCAGAUCUCAAGCACUCUAGGAACUCUGCUUAGGGAAACGAACCGGACAAGAUGUGAAAAACAUUUACAAUCAGCACAACUGAUAUUUAAGCUAAACUGCAAAUCAGACUUCCCAUGGCUCUCUCCCUUUCUCUGUAAUCUCUUUCUCUGCUCUGGUGAAGUUAGCUAGUGUGUUAGCAGAAUUUAAGAGAUUAGUUUGAGUUAACGGCUUAGUGUAAGCUAAGAUGCAACACUUCCCCUUUCUUUCCAUCUGUCUCUGUGCAGGAAAACAGGAGCUGGAAAAUAGCCUUUAAAGAAUACAGUUCCUAAUCCAAACUGUUUUUCUAUAUUAUUCAUAUAAUUAUGACUUCUACAAUAUGAGACAACAUAACAAGGAAACGCUGAUUAGAAAAGAAGUGGGAGACGUUCAUAAGAAGAGAACUGAAGAGGUAUAUAGAGAACUUCUGUAUUGGAGAAAAAUUUCCGCCAUUAAAACAACAUGAAAGUAGUAAAUCUUCUGCUGCUGUUUCUGGGGUCCUUGCAAGUGGUGUUCACUCAAGAGCCUUUAACUGUAUUUACUGAAAGAACCACUGUGGAAGAAGAUCUAGGAAGUGGUCUGUUGGAGGUGGAACAGGAGGAUGAAUUGGCGGACACUUACUGGUCCGGGACAGCCCCCCUUUGUUUUGGAGGGUGUAAAGGCAGACACCAGGAGCUCAAGAGAGACAACUGUGGAGAUUCAAACUGCUGCUGGGUGGGAUACAAAUCCUUCUGUAGAGUGAAUUGUGGAAAGCCUGAUGUGGACUUUAAUGGGAUGGUGUAUGGGAGUGAUUGGUGGGUGGGUUCUGUAGUGCGGUAUGACUGCAGGCCAGGGUUCGUGUUGGUGAGAGAUCCUGCCCGAGCCUGUCAGUCCAAUGGCAAAUGGACGCCUAAACCCUCCUGUCUCAGAGUGUGUCAUCGUGGCCGGGUUGAGAUCAAUGAGAAGGACAUUGAUGGGACAUGUUCGUCCACCUGUCCUGAUUCUAAGAGCUAUGCAGUCCCUCUGAACCACAAAUGCAGUCGAAUUGAGAACUGUAGAAGUAAAGAAUCGGGCUGGAAGCGCUGGUUUACACGCUGCAACGACUGCGACUGUGACUGCUUCACUCCCUGCACUUCUACAGGAUAGAAGACAGUGAAUCUGUAUUCAUUUUCCUUUUCUACAAAAGCCUAACCUUUCGGAAAUGGUUGUUUUCCCUUAUUUUUGUAUA